AUGAACUCCAGGACGAACGCCCAACUCGAUCUGUCAUCCUCCUCCUUCCCUAGUUUAAACAACGCUGGUCUACAGUCGCAGAAUCACAGUGUCGGCUCUAGUGCUUGGCAGACCGGCCCCCCUCAAAGCGAGCAAGGCCAGAGACAGCAGCUCCAAUCGUCACGUUCCCACGGGCAGACUCGACAACAACAGCAGCAGCAGCCACAGUCGGCGAGCACCAAUCUCGACGGGAUGUAUCCUACAGACACGUAUUCGCGAAAUGCGCCGAUGGAGUUUUCUUCUGAAUCGUCGCAGCCGGUACGUCGAUCAAAUCAAAUACCCGGCGGACCGCCUGGACUAGUGCAACGACCACCGAAUCAGCAGAAUGAUGGAAUUUCCCGCGACAUAAGCAGAGUCACAUCUCCUUCAGGACAAACUCAUAUCUCUCGGUCACCCAUGCUGCAGAGUCUGAAUGCCGUGAUAGGGCAAGAUAGAUUCUUAGGGCAGGAUGGGAGGAUUCAGAACAAAGACUACUCACAAGACUCGCCGUCACAAUCGGUAGCACUACAGUCCAGGGAUCUUUUUCUGGACCGAGAGUCGGGUGCAAGACCAGAACAAUCCAUGGACGCCAUCUUUGCCGGCAUGACAGAACGAGAAAAGUUUGGGAUGAAGGGAUACAUCGCCGAGCAGGAGAAUGCCAGCCCAGCCGCGAGGAGUAUCAUGAAGGGAGUAGAUCUGUCGACACUGGGCAUCAACAUGAGCUCUCAGGAACCCCUCCUGGUCACGUAUGCCGGGCCUUGGGCCGAACCAAACGCUCAGCCUUUGCGACCGCUGGACUCUGAAUACACCAUACCGGACUGUUACACGGUCAAAAAGAUUUCCCCCCUGGCAAGCCGAAUCAACGGAUUCAUGGACGAAACCCUCUUCUUCAUAUUUUAUACAAUGCCUCGGGACUACACACAGAUGCUGGUAGCUCAGGAAUUGGUGGCGAGGAAAUGGCGGUACCACAUGAGAGAGAAACAAUGGCUUACACGGGACGACGCAUCGCCUAGCCCGGUCCUGUUAGACGACAAAGUCAGCGAACAAGGAUACUACAUCUGGUGGGACACCAAGCUAUGGAAGAAGGUCCGACGGAUCUACACGUUGAGAUACGAGGAUCUGGAAGAACAACCAAGUAUGGGCAACCGGACCAUGCAUGCGGGCGCAAUGGGAACAAUGACCGGAGGCGUUGUGAACGGGGGAAUGGGAGUUGGUAAUUUCAACGCCGUGCCCAGUCUUGAACGGAUGGCGGCCAGUGGCAGGGGGUUCUGA